ACGCUUACGGUUAUGGAUAUUAUUAUUUAUUAAUCCAUAUCUAUUUUAUAUUUGUUUUUAUUAAACUAAAAAGAUAAUCGCAGUACAUGCCAAAUAUGCCAUUCUCUAUUUCCCUGGGUCUAUGAUACAAAACACACUUGUCUCGGUUUCAAAAUCGAUGCAAAGCAGCAGCAAUGCUACACCUCUAUGACGGUGGUCUCUAUAUCCAUGUCAAUGGUCAACAAACAUUCUUCCUCAGUGAGAUCGUGUCAGCAUAUUCACGGAAGUUGAGGAAGAUCAUCAAGAACCAAAAGAGAAGAACCCUGAUUAAGAAUUCUACUAUUGAAAUCCAUGGCUUCCCUGGAGGCCCAGAUGGGUUUGAGCUUGUUUGUAGAUUCUGUUACAACAAUGGCAAAAUCCCAAUUACAGUUUCAAAUGUGUCUCUCCUCCACUGUUGUGCAGUCUUUCUGGGUAUGACUGAGAAGGUGGCAAGCUUCAAUCUUUUGCAACAAACAGAAACUUUUUUUGAAGGGAUGUUUUACUGGUCUUGGAGUGAUUUAAUUGUGAGUCUGAAAAAUUGUGAGUCAUUCUAUGCAUAUGCAGAUUCAAUUGGUCUUACAGAAAAGCUCAUUUGUGCACUAUUGGAAAACAUUGCCCAAAAUUCAGACACCAAUUUGAUUCCUUCUUCUUCCUCAUCUUCCUCAUCUCCUGAAACUCCAUCUGGGUUUAGAUUUUCGUCCUCAACCAGAACCACCCCUGAAUCAAUCAAGCCAUUUUCAUCCACCAAACAAUGGUGGUUUGAAGAUCUAACCAUAUUUGCUCCAUUGAUUAUUGAAAAGGUCAUCAAGAUAUUAGGGUCUUAUGGGUCUGAUAACAACAGCUUAGUCCUCACAAGAUUCAUCCUUUAUUACAUGAAAAGUAGAGGUCAAAGCAAAGAUGCCCUAAAUUCAAGGUCAGCCUACAGUGGCCUUGCAGACACAGCAGUUUAUGGUGUGAUUUCAAUGGCCGAAAGUGCAUUUUCUUGCAGGGGACUGCUUUGGGUACUAAGGUUUGUGUCUAAUUUUGGUUUGAGCAACAAUUGCAGAGAUGGGUUGGAGAGAUUGAUUGGUGGGUUACUUGAACAAACAACAUUGGAUGAUUUGCUAGUCUCUGCACGGCAUGAACACAGGUGUGUUUAUGAUGUUAAUCUGGUUUUAAGAUUGAUUAAAGUGUUUGUUCACAGUGAGAGAGUCUCAGCACAGAAGAUAAAGAAGGUUGGUGCAUUGGUUGACAUGUAUUUGAGGGAAAUAGCUCCUGACCAUAACCUCAAGAUGUCAAAGUUUCUUGGAGUUGCAGAGAGUUUGCCGGAUUGUGCAAGGGAUUCCUUUGAUGGGGUCUACAGAGCCAUUGAUAUCUAUCUUGAGUCUCAUCCAACACUUUCUUUUGAUGAGCGAUCGAGGUUGUUUCAAUGCCUGAACUACGAGAAACUUUCCCUAGAAGCAUGCAAAGAUCUUGCCAAGAAUCCAAGAAUCCCUGCAAAUGUUUCCAUACAAGCACUUAAGUCACAGAAACCCAAAUUUCAAGAACAAGAGUUUGGCUCGGGGAGCCCAAGCAAGAGUACUGAUUCACAGAUGGUUAUGACACACAAAGACGUCGAUGAAUCGAGAAGCUUUUCACAGGAGAUGAUGAUCAGUGAAGAUGUGGAGUUAAAUAUGCAGAGGAUGCAAUGGAGAAUGGAGGAGUUGGAGAAGGUGUGUAGGGAUAUGAAGGGUCAGAUGUCAAGGUUUGUUAGGGAUAAUGUCAUGGAGCCUCCUCCCUCCAAUAGAGCCUUGCCUCGUCUUUGUUAAUUAAAUUGAUACAAAUUAUCUAUUUCUGUGGAUGUAUAAAAUCAAAAUUGUAUUUUUUUUGGCCUCAUUAUUGGUAUGAGAAAAUAAAAUAUAAGAAGAAUGUAUUAUAUAUACUGUUUGUAUUGUAUAAAUAAUCAAUAUAUUGAUAGUUGCUUUUCCUAUUCAUUGGA